AUGGCGGAGCCCAACGCGCUUGACGAGCUGCAGUCGGAGCUGACCUGCCCGGUGUGUCUGGAGCUGUUCCGGGACCCGGUGAUCCUGGACUGCGGACACCACUUCUGCCAGGUGUGCAUCCUCCAGUGCUGGGAGGCAAAGGCGGACGAGCAGUCGAGCUGUCCCAAGUGCAGAGAGUCGUGCUCCCGCAAGCUGCGACCCAACUCGCUCCUGUGCAACGUGGUGGACAGUGUCCGCAGAGCCAGCGCCAUGGAGCCGGGGUCCCACCCGGGGGUCCACGGCUGGGACCCGGAGGGCCCCCUGGAGGAGCCGGAGGAGCGGGAGCCCGGCUCCAGCAUGAGCAGCGUGGCCUCCUCCACCGGGCACUGGCCUCGGCUGGGCAUGGACAUGUGCGAGGAGCAUGAGGAGAAGCUGAAGCUGUACUGUGAGGACGACCAGCUCCCCAUCUGCCUGGUAUGCGGCAUGUCCAGGGACCACAAGACCCACAAUGUCAUCCCCAUUACCGAGGCCUUUGAGAACUACAAGGAUAAACUGUCUGUGGCUCUGGAGAGUGUCCAGCUACAGACAGAGGAGGCCACGCUCUUCCAACAACAGACCAAUGAAAAGAUCCUCAUCAUAAAGGAGCGAGCGUCAGAUCUGGAGGACCUGGUCUCUGCAGAGUUUGGACGCCUCAGGGAGUUUCUCCUGGAGGAGGAGGAGCGCAUAAAGGAGAAGCUGCAGAAGCAGAAAGAGGAGAAGCUCAGCCAGCUGGAGGAGGCGCUCACUCAGGCGACGGAGCAAAUCAGCGAGCUGGAGAGCACGGCCGAUCAGCUUCGCGUCAAGAUGACGGAGGAGGAGAGUCCAGAGCAGCUCAAGGGAAUCAAAGAUUUCAUUGGAGGGGCUGAGAGUUUGUUUGAGCGCCCUCCAGAGGUGGGUGUUGAUCUGCAGUCAGGAGAGUUUCUGGGUCCGCUGCAGUACAGGACCUGGAGGAAGAUGAGCUCCAUUUUUCGGCCAGCAGUCACAGCGGUGACCCUCAACCCGGACACAGCCUACCCCUGCUUGUGGGUUUCCGAGUGUUGCACCAAAGUCCAGGUGGGAAAAAUCCAGCCCAACCUGCCCAACAACCCGGAGCGCUUCACCCGCUACAACAUCGUCCUGGGCUCCGAAGCCUUCUCCUCCGGCAGACACUACUGGGAGGUGGAGGUGGGCCCCAAGACCGCCUGGGGCCUCGGCGUGGCCACCGCCUCGGUCAACAGGAAGGAGGAGAUCAGCCUCUGCCCGGACGACGGUUUCUGGACCCUCGUGCUGAGGGACAACGGUGACGGCACCAGUGAGUACGAAGCGUGCACCGACUCAGAGGACUGCUUGUUGUACCCCUCCAAACCCCCCAGGAGGGUGGGGGUCUAUCUGGACUACGGUCGAGGCGAAGUGGCGUUUUACGACGCGGGAGACAUGAGCCACCUUUUCACCUUCUACGAUGCCAAAUUCAGCGAGCCGGUUUUCCCAUAUUUUAACCCCUGGCCAAUUGUCAACGGAUACAAUUGGGAGCCGCUCACUAUAGUGACGCCACACUGGGGAUAGACACUCUUUUUUAUCAUAGGAGCCAACAGACUCAGAAUAAAAAUGCAAAAAGAGAUUCAGCAGCAGAUGAAGUCAGAUGGACUUUCACACAUCUGCCUUGUUCUAAAGAGUCAGCUGAACCAAUGAUGUUGUGAUGAUUAACAUGCAGGUGAUUGUGAUGCUAUGAUUAAGAUGGUACUAGUUUAAGAUGAAACUAAUGAGGACAUGGCCGGAAAUAUUCAACAGUUUCUUAAUGUCAACAAGUUCCCAUGAAAUGAUGAAAAAACAACAAUGAAUUUAUUCCAUGUGGAAACAAAACCUGAUGUAUCUCAUUCCCCUGUUCAUUAGACCUAUUUAUAUCCUCAGCCUACAGAGUGAGCCACACUGUUGCUCUGGAUCU